AUGUCCAAAGCAGCAUUGAAGGUGAAUGAAGCUAAAAUUGAUGUCAUUGCAAAAUUGCCUAUGCCUGUGAACGUCAAGGCCCUGAGGAGCUUUCUAGGCCAUGCAGGCUUCUACAAAAGAUUUGUAAAAGGAUUUUCCCAAAUUGUGCGUCCACUAAGCGCAUUGCUAGAGUUGAACAGGCCUUAUAUAUUUAAUGAAGAUUUCCACCAAGUGUUUGAAACCAUAAGUUGGAGCUAUGUUGGGCCAAAAGAAGGGAAACCUGAUACAUCUGAUUUCUUACGCGCUAAAGAUACAUAUAGAAACCCAAGAACAUUACAUAACCACUGA